AUGCCUUCAACACAAAUAUAUGUGUCGCGAUCCACCAACCAAGCAAUAACACCUCCAAAGACUCCGGAUUCCUACGAGUAUCAAAAAGUCUUUCACAAUUGGCCUGAACCAGAGACUGAGCCCGAGGGUAUCUAUUUGCAACGCGAGAGGAAAAGUUUAGGUCAGGAGAAUGAUUCAAUUGACGAUUCGUAUCUGAAUGUGUCGCUCCUGAAUGUGUCGCUUCAAGAAGUCCUUCUCUUGCAUGGUCCAAAGCAGAGAUAUACCCAUGCUACAGAACAACCAAUACCUUCCUUAAAGGAUAGUCGUGAAAUGCUUGUUGCAGUGGAAGUUGUCGGUUUAAAUCCAAUCGACUGGAAAGCUCCAGAUUUUGGCUUUGGGCUGCCCUCUCUCCCCUGCAUAAGUGGCCGAGACUUUGCGGGGAGAGUGGUAAAACCACCCCAAGCAAAUUCCAGAUUCAGAUCGGGAGACAUUGUUGUGGGUAUUUCCACGGAUUAUCGAGAUUCACGGAAAGCUGCAUACCAACAAUACGCAGUCGUGUCGGACUUCAAUGCUUGUAGGCUUCCAAAUACCGUAAGCCCAACAGAUGCCGCACCACUUGGUGUUGCCUUUGUUGCAGCGGCCCUUGGCUUGGGUAUAUGCUUAGGCGUAAAUUUUGCCAAUCAUUUAGGAGAACUUCAAGGUCCGGAUCUUCUUCGAGCAAUUCAUUCCCUAUCUAGAGAUUCUAUUUCACACGAUGUAGGAACAGAAUGUUUUGAUAGUAUUCGAGAAGAUGAAAGGCCUGAACCAGGUGAUUGGAUAGCGAUUUGGGGAGGUUCAUCUGCUACUGGAUGUUGCGCAGUUCAGCUUGCCAAGUUAGCUGGACUAAAAGUUAUUGCUGUCAUAGACGUCGCUCGAAGUGGUGAACGCAUGUUGAAGCAUGGGGCAGAUCUUUUGGUAGACCGAUUUGAUACUGAGAGAGCGAUAUCAAUCGUUAAAGGUAUAACAAAAGGAAAACUACGAUUUGGACUUGAUACGAGAGGAAAAGAAAGUACUGCCCUUCUUGCACAAACCAUGCAAUCAGGUAUUGGCAUUGAAGGCAAGAGGGCGCAUCUUGUUGGUUUGACCGGACUGCCCAAGGAGCCAACACCAGGUGUACUCUAUCAUUCCGUCCCAAUCAAGACAUUCCAUGAGGCGCCGAGGAUUGGUGAAGAGUUGAUGAUUUGGUUAGAAAGAUUAUUCAAGCACAACAGGAUAGCGACUCCUGAGAUUGAGGUCGCACAUGAGCUUAGCGCAAAUUACACAGACCUCAUGAACCCAUCCAUUUCACCUCCAUUCUCUACUUGUCCCUCCUUCGUCCCUCCUGUCUCAGUAUUGAUUACCUCCUCUGUUAACGAAAACCAACAGGCACGUUAUUGCAUGUCUACUACCAUCACAAUCAGCAGCAAUAGUCCAAUUAUCAUUCGCCAUGAUGGACCACCCAAUGGCCAUGCCGGCGCAAUCACUAAUGGAUAUACCAAUGGCGAUAAUCACACCACCAAUGGACACGAUGCACAUUUCUCUGCGGACCCAGAAGUCAAUGAUGCACCGGACCGCGUCAAAUUCGCGUACUGGGUCCCCAACGUUUCUGGUGGUUUGGUGAUCUCAAAGAUUCCGCAAAGAACAAGUUGGGACUACGAAUCGAAUGUGAAAUACGCACAAACUGCUGAAGCAGUUGGGUUCGAAUAUGCUCUUACUCAGAUUCGGUUCAUGGCAGGAUAUGGAGCUGAUAAUCAACAUGAAUCUGUCUCCUUCUCACAAGCACUUCUUCAUAAUACCAAGAAGCUUAAUGUUAUUGCGGCGUUACUACCUGGUCCAUGGAAUCCAGCUGUCGCAGCCAAACAGAUUGCCAGCAUUGAUCACUAUACAAAUGGAAGGAUAUCCGUGAAUGUUGUUUCUGGAUGGUUCAAGCAAGAAUUUACAAGCAUUGGACAAUGGUGGCUUGAACAUGCUGAGCGUUAUAGACGCAGCAAGGAAUUUAUUGAGUGCCUGAAGGGCAUCUGGACUUCUCCAAAAUUCUCCUAUAAAGGAGACUUUUACCAGUUCCACGAUUACCCUUUGUCGCCGAAGCCUCUCGAUUUACCAGGUCGACCACACCCUUUAAUUUUCCAAGGUGGAAAUUCGAUUGAUGCUCGGGAAAACGGUGCUUCGGUAUCCGACUAUUAUUUCAUGAAUGGCAAUACCCUUGAAGGGUUUCAAGAGCAAAUUGCUGACGUCAAAGAGCGUGCGCGGAAACUCGGUCGUGAAGACAAGAUACAUUUCGCCGUCAACGGCUUUGCUAUCGUCAAAGAAACGGAGGAAGAAGCCAUACAACUACUGUCUGAAAUCCAAGGCAAAGCAGAUAAGGAAGCCGUGAAUGCAUUUGCAGAUGCGACAAGACAAGCUGGUUCGUCUACAGGAACUAAGAAGGGCAUGUGGGCAGAUAGCAGAUUUGAGGAUUUGGUUCAGUACAACGAUGGCUUCAAGACGAAGUUGAUUGGAACAGCCGAACAAGUCGCCGACAGAAUUUUAUUGCUGAAGAGCUUAGGGAUCGAUAUUGUUUUGAUCGGGUUUUUGCAUUAUGAGGACGACAUUCAAAAUUUUGGGGAGAAGGUUUUGCCGCUGGUAAGGAAGCUAGAGAAGGAAGGAAGGGGAAAAGAUGUCGAGGAUGAAAUCCGAAGGACUGGAGAUGUUUACCGUACGAAACGGUGA